CUGAUCCUGCAGGUCUCUUUUUGUAGAAACUGCAGGUAUAUGUAAAAGUGUUUCCAAAAAAGGCUCUAUUACAAAACAUUAUCCCACAAGUUUGCAAUAGUCUAAAUUUAUGUUACUUUUCUUUCCAGGGAUAGCAAUGAAACACUUCUUAUUAUUGGCUGCUGCUGCCGUCUUCCUGCACGUUUUGAUUACAAGAGCAAAACCACCUAAAGUUCCAUAUGAUACACUCCUUACGGAACCGGCAACUGUCCAAGAAGAAAUAGUGACUGUACAUAACACCCUCAGGAGAGGAGUAUUUCCACCAGCCGGCAACAUGCUAAAAAUGAAUUGGAGUGAAGAAGCUGCAAGAAAUGCCAGAAUGUUGUCAAAAGAUUGUGAGUUGGUAGAGAGCAAUGCACUUAAGAGGCGAAUUACAAAUACUUUUUGUGGAGAAAAUAUGCAUCUGACAUCUUAUCCUAUCUCAUGGUCAAACGUAAUCAGAAUCUGGUACAGUGAGUCUAAAUAUUUCAAGUAUGGGGAAUGGGCCUCAACAGAUGACAUGAUGAUUGAGCAUUACACUCAGGUUGUUUGGGCCACUUCUUACCUUAUUGGCUGUGGCAUAUCAUCAUGUCGUAAAGGAAUUCAGUACUACAUCUGUCACUAUUGUCACGAGGGCAAUGAUCCUGACAAAAAGAAGGUACCUUAUAAUAAGGGAACUCCAUGCAGAGACUGUCCAAAUAACUGUGAAGAUAAACUUUGUACAAACCCUUGCAUCUACUACGAUGAAUACAGUAAAUGUAAGACACAGACACGAGGUCCUGCCUGCAGCCAUCUGUCAGUUCAACAACUCUGCAAGGCUAGUUGCCUGUGUCCCACUGAGAUAAAAUAGCCUUUGUUAUUUGCAGCUGUAAUGUGCUGUCGAAUCAUACCUUUGACCUUACUUUGCUUCAGCAG